AUGGCCGCGUCCAGCUGCGGUCCUGAUUCAAUCAAGCUGUACAAGACGGCUGUGGAGGGGUUGGAUCUGAAGGACGAGUUAAUUGUCCAGCGGCGCCUUAAAGAAGCAAUCUUGAAGUCCAGCGCAUUAUUUGGAGUCCCAAGAUGUCUGCAAGCUCUCCUACCUAUCUUCCAUAGCCUGGACGACGAUCACAUUGACACGUUCUCCCCACGCUACGACUCUCUGGGGGAUCCCGAAGCACACAAGGCCCGCGUGGCCAACGCGCAGGCCUACUUCGACGUUAUCUGGACGCCAGAGUUGGCCGAGAAGAACCGUCAGUUUAACUUGAAACAUCAGAAGGAUCUUUAUGUCACUACGUUGUGCCUCGUCUACGAGUGGUACUUUGCCGAAACUGCCAUUCUGCCAGCUGUAGAGACGCAGAUGUCGAAUGUAGGUGCGCUGAUAUGCUCAGCCUGCCCUGUCCAAGCCAUGUGGCAUACCCGAGGUAUCAUCCGGCACGGCGGCACUGUAGACGAAGCUUGGUUCGCGCAGCGAAUGAGCCUAGACAUUGCAAAGCAUUACGGGGUGAAGACGGGCGAGAUCACACCGGUCGACCAGAUCCCCAUGCAGGACAACGUGUCGCUCUGA